CGAUGUACUGUGACGUCACAAAGUUUACAAAUUGUUCCUGUUGGCAUGUGAAAAUAAUGCGUUUGUAAAAAUGUUUCAUCAAAAAUUAUUUUAUAACACUGUAUUAUCUCAAACCUUUUCUUGUGAUGGAAAUUAUCUCGCCGCUGGAAAUAUUUACGGUGAUAUUUCUAUAUUUGAUUUAACUAAAGUACUGACACCGCACAAAAUUGAAGAAAAUGAAUUGCAAGGACCCAACUAUCAUUUCACUGCGUAUCCUGAUCAACACAUUCAAAGUAUGGUUAGUAAGGAUAACUUUUUAAUUACUGGUACAGUUGGUGAAAUAUCUGGAUGGGAUUGGAAAGUAGUUGCUUCUAGUAAAGCUGCUAAGAGCAAACCUUCGUGGGUUAUUCAAAUUCCAGCAAACAAAGAUAGUUACGAGAAGGCAGAUGUCAACUUCUUAGUGUACUCUAAAUCAAAUAAUAUUUUGUAUGCUGGUUGCGGUGACAAUAAUAUUUAUGUUAUAAGUUUAGAAGAAGGAAAAAUCCUUAGGAAUUUAACUGGUCACACCGACUUUAUACAUUGUCUAUCCUUAGCAGGUAAUCAACUUGCAUCGAGUAGCGAGGAUGGAUCAGUUAGGUUGUGGGACUUGCGUAAGAAAGAAAAUACAAAUAUCUUGAAUCCACAUAUGGUAGAAAAAGUAUCACGUCCAAAGUUUGGUAAAUGGAUAGGUGCCGUUGAUUUGACUGAAGAUUGGUUGCUAUGCGGUGGGGGUCCUAAUUUAUCUUUGUGGCAUAUGCGUACGAUGGAACCUGCCACAGUAUUUGAUCUCAUCGAUCAAGGAAUUCACGUUGCUCAUAUCUAUGAAGAACGUAUCAUAGCAGCUGGUUUAGCGCCUCAUGUAUAUCACUUAACUUAUCAAGGAGAAACAUUAGCUAAAGUGCCAACGUCGAGUAAUACAGUUUAUUCUACUAUUUAUCAAGAAUUACCACAGAAAGUGCUAAGUAUAGCAGGCUCCUCCAACAAUCUUGAUUUAUGCACAAACUUUAAUUACAGGGAAAUGAUUUUAAAAUUUGCUUAAUAUACGUUUUUAUACUUA